AAACGUCUUUGCAGGCGAUGGACGCACUGAGAGCCUCUUACGGUGACUCUUCAUCGGACUCUGACACAGAUGAUCUUUCUCCGGCUGCGGCAAAUCCCGGCGAGGAAUCUGGAAAACUCGAAAAGGAGUCGAUCUCCUUGCCUCCUCCGCCUCUUUCGCUUCUCGAAUCCUUUGGAUCCACAGGUUCUUUGAAUUUCUUCUUAACUGAGCCUGUGACUCGAGUAAGGAACUUUCCUCAUGUCGAUGGAAACUACGCCUUGCACGUUUACAUCCCUGUUUUUAUACCACUAUUGGCGAAGGAGGAGAUUGCCUGUGUUUUAAAGAGGGUUGCAUCACUUGUUCCUCAUCUUCAUUUGGUAGAAUCUGAUGUUCCACUCACCAUUCUUUGCAAAGAUGACCAGAAGCUUGAGCAUGCUUUGGGGAGAGAGUUCCACAUAAGCUUGGGAAGAAGCGUUCCUCUACGUGUUCAUCAGAUCAACUCGGUGGUUUCUAUGCUUAGGCAAAAAUUUCAGUUGCACAAGAGAUACUGGAUUGAUUUUAAUAAGUGGGAAGUCUUUGUGAAUGAUGACUGUACUCGAUCUUUCCUUUCUUUGGAAGUCACCACUUCUGGAUUAUCCGAGAUAAGCAAGCAAAUUGAUGCUGUUAAUGAAGUUUACAAGCUUCACAAUCUUCCAGAGUUCUACAAGGAUCCGCGGCCGCAUAUCUCCUUGGUCUGGGCGUUGGGUGAUAUUAGAAUAUCCCUAAAGGGAGCUGUUGACGGGGAACUGAACAAGCUGAGAGCUGGUGGUUGCGUGCAGAAUCGUAUAUUCUCCUCCAAGUUUUCUGGGAUCGAGUGUAAGAUAGGAAACAAAACACACAAAAUAUGUAAACUCCCAGAUGAAUAAUACAUUUACAAGACCUAUCAGGUGUGCAUUUGUAACGAGUCUAACGACACACCAGCAGUUUCAAUUUUUUUUUUUUUUUUCUGGUGGUCCACAUUAUAUGUUUUUUUUUUGAAUGCAACAACAGUAUUUAUGCUUAGGAAAAGAAAGAUAGUGAACUGGCUUCUAUGUUACAAAAACCUCAUCAUGAAAUAGUCUGUACUGAAGGUAAGUCAACAGAUUUUCUUUGGCAUGGAGUCCCAGCAUUGAUCGAGUACGCCAAUAAGCUUCUCGACCAACUUCAUCAAACUGGGGUGGUGGUGAUGAGAAUACAACAAAGCUUGACGUUUUCAGGUGCAGCGUUGGCCAUGGCCGUGUUGUACGAGAAGUACAUAGCAAUCAUACAGACCUGAAGCUGGAACCCAAGUGUGAGAAUAUUGGAACCAGUAGCCUUUCGCCCUCUUUGAGCUCCAGCUUCGAUGAGUUUCUCAUAGAGUUCUCUAUCGCCGGUUUAAAAUUUAUAUAUGCAACUAGGGGUUAAUCGGCUGCUAAGCACGAAAAAAUUUAAUUUUC